AUGUGGACUGAAUCCAUAUUGGCUAGCCACCAAAGUAUCCACACAGGUGAGAAGCCUUACAGAUGUCAGGAGUGUGGCAAAAACUUUCAACUGAAGAGCAACUUGACCCGCCACCAGCGUGUCCAUGGUGGCAUAAGACCAUUCCAAUGUGAGUACUGUGGGGCCACCUACAGCACCAAAGCUCACCUGGUUUGGCACCUCAACUGCCAUACAGGUGAGAAGCCUUACAAAUGUACUGAAUGCUGGAAGCAUUUUGGAGAGAUUGCCUCCCUUGUGGAGCAUCUUCUUUCCCACCAGGGCAAUGGCGGUGGAAGGAAAAAUGGAGCUGCCUCCACAGGGUGCUUGGGUGGUGGGAAUCUUCACCAUUGUGAUGACUGUGGCAAGAACUUCUGUCGGAGCACCACAUUAGCAGAGCACCGUCGUAUUCACACUGGCGAACAUCCUUUUGCCUGUGGAGAAUGUGGCGAACGGUUCAUGAGGCGGGCUGUCUUUAAUGAACAUGUCCGCACACACUCUGAAGAGGGUCCACCAAACUUGUGUAUAGCCUGUGGUAAGUCCUUCACUAAGCGUUACUCCCUUCUCCAGCACCAGAGGUUACAUACAGGAGAAAAGCUCUACCAUUGUCCUGAUUGCCCCAAAAGUUUCAUUGCCAGCUCUGCCUUGACACAGCACAAGCGGAUACACACUGGAGAGACACCCUACUUAUGCCUGGACUGCGGGCGCCGUUUUAGCCAGAAAUCAGUACUUAUGACGCAUCGGAGGCUUCAUACAGGUGAAAGGCCAUACAAAUGUCAGGAGUGUGGGAAAGGGUUUAGUCAGAGUUCAGCAUUGACUCAGCAUCUCCGGAGUCACACUGGGGAAUCCCCUUAUAGCUGCGGAGAGUGUGGGAAAAAGUUUAGCGGUAUGUCAGCCCUCAAGCGGCACCACCUCACCCAUACAGGAGAACGGCCCUUUCACUGUGAUGAGUGUGGCAAAGGGUUCAAACAGAGCUCUACGCUGGUCCAGCAUCAGAGGAUUCACACCCGUGAGAAGCCUUAUGCCUGUAUCCAGUGCAACAAGAACUACAGUCAACGGGCUGCUCUAGCUAAGCACUUGAGAACUCAUGCCAAGAGCACCUUUCUUUCCGACAGUGAGCCCAUAGACACUAGAGUUUUCAGAGACCCUUUUAUCCAGCCGCCAAAAGAGGAUGACGACAGUAUGGAGAAUGACAUGGAGGAAGAAGUAGAUGAGGUACUGGUGCUCCCUCCAGGGACAUGGGAUGUUGAGGUAAAAGAAGAGCCAGAGCUUAACUGGGACAAUAAUGUUCCUGCUGCAGAACCAGAGUCACUCCCGUGGGUGAAAAAAAAAAGUCAAACAAAGCCCAGAUGGAAGGGAAAGAACUGCCAAAAAUAUCUUGGAGAAUCAAAGAGGAGCCUGAUGACUGAAGAGGUUCUGUCAAACGCUGUUUCUGUAAAACAACAUGCAAUUCCAGAAACUCUCAGGAUGGUUAGGAAGCAAGAAUGACCUAAGCCGGUUUGCAUUUCAUGGUUGACCUCUUUAAAAAAAAACCUGUGAAAUCAAGGCCUGGCAUUUAAGCCCACGCCCUAUGAUUUCUGAAAUAUUCCUUAUAAACUUAGAUGUGUGCAGAUUCUAGGAGAGGAACCAUAAUCCAGUAGUAGAGUAUUUACUAUGUAUGCUGAAAACCCAUAAUUCAAUUACUGGCCUCUCCAAUGAAAGCAGGAAAGGAGAAUGUGUGUGACCCUUCAGAUCAUAUUUGAUUGCAACCCCCAUCAUCUUUCAGUAUCAGCAGUGGUGGCUAGGGUGAUAGGGUUUUCAGGGGACCACAUAUUCUCUUAGUUAAAGGAAUCAGGUAACAGGUGAUGAGAUCUCUGCCUCAGCCUCUGCUUAGCCACUGACAGUCAGGGAAAAUAAUGUUGGGCUAUAGAGGCAAAUAGUUUCCUCUGUAGCUUUGCACUCUUCAGCUUCUCCCUAAGGGUAGUAGUGUGCAUCUCAAAGAGUUAAUACUGUACAUAUUCUGGGCCUAGUCAUCAAAUAGCUUUACAAGAAUCUGAAAUUCAAUCUUUUUUUUUGGGGGGGGGGGAAAGACUCCUAGCUGAAGGUAUAAUAUUAGGAUAGAAGGCACAAGUGGUGGCCAUAGGAACUCAAUGAUGGCAUAAUCAUGGCAUAAUGGUGAGAGUUGCAAUCCAAUACAUCAGAAAGCUGCAAUCCAAUACAUCAGAAAGGCUAGGAAAACCUGACUCUAUUUUGUUGCUCAACAACCAGGUCAUGAUUACUGUACUUCCUCUUUACAUUGUACUAGUUUAUAAAGGAUUCAUGUCUAAUGAUUCUUGGGAUAAAUUUCAAGUCCACUUUAAAAUGGUUUGAGUACUACUGGGUUUCAUUGUCUGCUGUGUGACUAGGAAAUAAUUUUUGGUUAGAGAUUCAAUAAUGUCCAGUAAAUUGGACUGAAAUUCAAUCAUACCUAAAGACAAUCUGUUGACAUCAGCAGGACUGAAGUUAGUGAUGAGUAGCUCAAACCCCAUGGGCUUAAUGUCAAGCAAAAGUAAAUCUGGACGCAACCCACAUUAGGAUGUUACUGGUUCAGAAUCCUUCAAUCCUGAUGCCAAAACUUUUGAAACACUGCUUACAGUUUUCUUAUCAAACAAGAUUUUUUUGUUCUAUGUUUUUAGAUGUUACUUUUUCAUGGUGAAAAAGCUGAUCCUCUAAAUAUUUCUGUGGUAUAAAAAAAAUGGAUGAAAUCUCUGCCUCAGGCUCUCUAUCCCAUGAUUGAAAUUGGCAUGCCAUUGGAAUAUAUACAGUGAACAGGCAUCUUCAAGGUGUAUUAAAAAUUGAAAUAAUAUCAGUAUUUUUAAAGGGACACUCUGGAACUAGGUUAUAUACCUUACAAAAUUUCUUGGAGCCUGGAUGGUGUUGUGGCUCUGUAUCAAAUAGCAUAUAUGAUAUGCUGAACAUUUGUGUCUCAUCAUAGGAGGACGGCACAUAUAAAGAAAAUACAUGUAGCAAUCUUGAAUGUAAAUUUGUCUCAGGAUGUCCUCUAUUUUGCAAUUUGA